AUGACAGAUGGAGACGUGUCUCUCGCCGCCAACGCCACGUUGGUGAGAAACAUGGUGUACAACAACCUGACGGUGCCGGCGGGCGUGGUCUUAAAUACAGCGGGGUGGCGGGUGAUCAACGUCGCGGCGUUGACGACGGUCCUGGGUUCAGGAUAUGCAGGGGGUGCGGGACGCACGAAUACCAACGGAAACGGGACGGCGGCUGUGGCAGCCACCGCUUACUAUACGGCGGGCGGACAAGGUGGGGCUGGCGGCCGGGGAGGCACCACCACGACGGGAGGUGCCGGUGGGACAGCCAACGUCAUCAGCGCUGUUGAAGGUGGACCCGCCAUCAUGGCAACGAUGCCUUCGUGUUUCAAUGGGCGCAUUUUGCUUACCAGCAUGUUGGUGUACAUCACAAGGGGAACCGGAGGCGGUGGAGGCGGCUUGACCACCAACGGGGCGGCCGGCACGUCUACGUCUGGUGGCGGCGGAAGCGGGGCGGGGGUAUGCAUCGUUGCAGCGCAAGCUGUGACCGGGUCCGGAACCAUUCAGGCGAACGGGGGCAACGGCGCGAGCGCGACGUUUGUGAGGACGUCGGGCACGGCGGUGCCCGCAAUUGGCGGCGGCGGAGGUGGGGGUGGGGGUCUCGCCAUCCUUCUGUAUCAGUACGAAUAUCAAUCCACAGUCGCGAUGCAAGCGCUUGGAGGCGCUGGAGGAGCUGCUUACGGCGCGGGUGUGGCGGGCACAGCGGGGGCACAAGGGAUGGCCUACAAAAUCGCUCUCUAA